UUCGUUUGAUUACCAGAAACCGGUUUUUGUUUUUGUUAUUUUGGUUCCCAACUUGUGUUAGUGAGGAGCUCCAACCUUGAGUUCGCACUUGGACUUGGCAGUCAUGUCAGACGAGUUCGAGUUCGCCGAUAAGGGAAGCAAGAUUAUUUAUCAAACUGAGGCCAAAGGAUUCAAUCCUGGCUUGAUAGUGCUGCUGGUUGUUGGGGGGCUACUGCUAACAUUCCUUGUUGGGAACUAUGUACUUUACUCGUAUGCACAGAAGACUCUUCCACCUAGAAAAAAGAAGCCAAUAUCAAAGAAGAAGAUGAAGAAAGAGAGGCUGAAGCAAGGAGUUUCUGCUCCAGGAGAAUAACAAUUUUCUUCCUGUUUAGUUUCCAGAGAGUUGUCUUGGUUGAGCAAACAUCUUAAUCUCAUAUUUGGUAGACUAGGAGGUAAAAUACUGAUUUUCUGUUUCAUUAAUUGCAGUUUAUCUGUCUCAUUUC